UCCCAUGAUUUAUAAAGACAUCAAAAGAGAGAAGAUGAGUUUUAUAUCUUAUUUAGUGGUUUUAAUUAUUUUCAUUGACAGACGUAUUUGUGACGAACAUGAUGAUAUGGUUAUGCAACCAACGAGUCAACAACACACGCAAUUCGGGCAAGCGAAAGCGCCGAGGUACCUCCUGUAUGACGUGAACCCCGGAGAAGGAUUCAAUCUGCGCCGCGAUGUCUACAUGCGCAUUGCUCAUCUGGUGCGCGUCCUCAAUGACGAUGCUCCGUGGAUUCUCGUUCUUCCCAGCUGGAGCGGGCUGUUCCACUGGAAAUCUCGCCACGUUGAACAGCGCAAACUUCCGUGGUCGCUGUUCUUCGAUCUGCCAAGUUUACGACUGUUUGUUCCUGUCAUUGAAUUUGAGGAUUUUCUCAGAGUGCUCGACAAGCCAGUUGUAGAAGAAGUCUAUUAUUUACAGAACUACAAGGAAGGCUGGGGCGGCGAAUGGACAGAGAAAAUGGACUUUCGAGAAUGUAAUGAUCCUCCCGCCUACGAGCAGAUUGACGAAGGACCGUACUAUGGGUGGUUUUUCGGUUACGGUGAUGCGGUCAUGGCAUUGAAAUUCCAGUGCCUCUCGAUACAGGGCCACGCUUCUUCUCUGAAACCAUUCCUGCUUAAAAACACCACUGCCAGGUCAGUAAUGAUUGACCGGGCAGAAACUGUUGUUCAUGAUCAUUUUGGAGAUGCCGUGUUUUGGAAGAUACAAUUUCUCCACUUCAAACCAGUUUCGUGGUUGAACAAAGGUCUUUUCAGGGCAACUUCAUUUCUACCUGCACGACGGAGCAUGGUGUUUGCCAAACAUCUAAGAGAUUUGGGAGAUCAAUUUAGAAAAGAAUUCCUGAAUUCGACAGAUGAGACGGAUAACACGAUUCUUGAAGAAGACUGGACAAAGAUGAAGAGAAAUCAUGGUGAUGCUAAAGGUGGACCGUACAUAGGUGUACAUUUACGAAGGGCUGACUUUGCCCAUUCUCGCAAGAAGGAUGUUCCAACCAUGAAACAGGCAGCGAGGAAUAUUACCCAACUGUUAAAGAAAUACUCCUUGACUAAAGUAUUCAUUGCAACUGACACACAUAGUGCAGAGUUUGAUGAAUUGAAAGGAUAUUUGUCAUCGUAUGAAGUUUACAGAUACUCCCCAACACCAGAGAUUCUAGAGAAAUAUAAAGAUGGAGGUGUAGCCAUUAUAGAUCAGUGGAUCUGUGCACAUGCAAGACAUUUUAUUGGAACGAGAGAAUCUACAUUUUCAUUCAGAAUUCAGGACGAGCGGGAAAUCCUGGGAUUCGAUCCCGAUACAACUUUUAAUACCUUCUGUGGACCUGACGACAUCAAGUGUGAACAGCCCUCAAGAUGGUUGAUUGUCUAUUAACAUCUUUGUACAACAUUUAAUAUGUUCUGUGGAUCCUGAUAUUAAGUGUAAACAGCCCUCGAGAUGGUUGAUUGUUUAUUAACAUCUUUGUACAACAUUUACCGGGGUAAUACAUUCUGUGGACCUGAUAUUAAGUGUAAACAGCCCUCAAGAUGGUUGAUUGUCUAUUGACAUCUUUGUAUGACAUUUAAUACCUUCUGUGGACCUGACGACAUCAGAAGUGAACAGCCUUCAAGAUGGUUGAUUGUCUAUUGACAUCUUUGUAUGACAUUUAAUACCUUCUGUGGACCUGACUACAUCAAGAGUGAACAGCCUUCAAGAUGGUUGAUUGUCUAUUAACAUCUUUGUACAACAUUUAAUAUGUUCUGUGGUCCUCAUAUUAAGUGUAAACAGCCCUCGAGAUGGUUGAUUGUUUAUUAACAUCUUUGUACAACAUUUACCGGGGUAAUACGUUCUGUGGACCUGAUAUUAAGUGUAAACCGCCCUCAAGAUGGUUGAUUGUCUAUUGACAUCUUUGUAUGACAUUUAAUACCUUCCGUGGACCUGAUGACAUCAAGAGUGAACAGCCUUCAAGAUGGUUGAUUGUCUGUUGACAUCUUUGUAUGACAUUUAAUACCUUCCGUGGACCUGAUGACAUCAAGAGUGAACAGCCUUCAAGAUGGUUGAUUGUCUGUUGACAUCUUUGUAUGACAUUUAAUACCUUCCGUGGACCUGACGACAUCAAGAGUGAACAGCCUUCAAGAUGGUUGAUUGUCUGUUGACAUCUUUGUAUGACAUUUAAUACCUUCUGUGGACCUGACGACAUCAAGUGUAAACAGCCCUCAAGAUGGUUGAUUGUCUAUUGACAUCUUAAUAUGACAUUUAAUAGAUUCUGUGGACCUGAUGACAUCAAGUGUAACAGCCCUCAAGAUGGUUGAUUGUCUAUUAACAUCUUUGUACGACAUUUAAUACAUUCUGUGGACCUGACAACAUCAAGUGUGAACAGCCCUCAAGAUGGUUGAUUGUCUAUUAACAUCUUUGUACAACAUUUACCGGGGUAAUACGUUCUGUGGACCUGAUAUUAAGUGUAAACAGCCCUCAAGAUGGUUGAUUGUCUAUUAACAUCUUAAUAUGACAUUUAAUACGUUCUAUGGCCUGUCGACAUUAUGUGUGAACAGCCCCAUUCAUGUAUGGUUAGACAGUGUUCGAAAUAAGCACUUGUCCAUUUGUCCUGACAAGUGAAAAUCUGCUCGGACAAGCAAAAUGUACCUCAAAGGUUGUCCAGUGGACAAGUAAAAAUGUUUAAUGCAGUUUCAUUUUGAGCAAUCAAAACUAAUGUCCUUGAAUUUGAAUAAAACUAACAACUUAUUUGGACAAGUGAAAGUAUUGGCAGAAAAGUAGAUUUCUGGAUAUAUCUGUCCGGUAGACUAGUGAAAAUUUCUGCUUAUUUAUUUCAUUGCACUGGCCUCCACAACUCUGAAACUGGGGGUGGGGGGUGGGGGCACAAUAUGAACUCUUAUUUAAUAAGUGGCUGCCAUCUUCCGACGCCUAUGUUAUGACAGAAUUCUGGUUUGUUGAGGGUCCAGUUUAGGCAGGUUUCACUGUCGUAGAUGUUCCUGUUUGACAUUGUAACAUUGUACAAUGACAGUAAACUCAGGACAGCCUCUUUAAAGGCAUAUUGUUACAGAUCACUGACCUAUUUAAUGGUCUAACAAAGUAUUACCUGAAAUUUUUUUAAUUUGCUUUGUACCUAAAUGUACUUUAUUCAACCAUCUUCAUAACCACUGUAC